GAAAUAUUAAAAAAUAAAACAAUUUAUAUAAUACUUCGUUCAUAAUGAUAUAAUUAACAAAAGAUUAGGAGAAUCGGAGGACCAAAUUUCUCUCCUACUAUUUUAACCCUCAACCUUGUCCAAUCGACAAGAAUCAUUUUUUAAAGUAUGUUUUUAUGUACAAUCUACAUAAACCAUGUCGGAUGCAUUUGAGGAGAUACAAGCGAUCAAAAUAAAGAGGAAUAGUUAUCGCGAGAAGCUACAGAAAAGGAAACGAGAACGACAUGAAUUAUAUACGCUCACUUCAACGUCGGUUUCAUCCACCCUGACAACAGAAUCAGCAUGUCCUGAUUCCAAUGCAUCUUCACGCUCUGAUCACAGCGAAUAUGAAAGAGAUGUACUUUGCAUCCUGCAUGAAUCUCUGCCUAAUCUACCGAUAACGUCUGCGGACUUGAUAGAUCAGCUACGCAAAAAUCUCAAUGCUGAUGUGUCUUCUUCCGACAUUCAUAAGAUUCUAGAGAAACUGGCCACACAAGAUAUAGUCAAAAUCAAAGAAGUCACAGAGAAUGGAGUGUUUGGAUAUACAGUAUUAUCUGUAACAGAAUCUCAGUCAUCAUGUCAAUCCCAGUCCGACGACACGGAGAAUCCUGAAAGCGUAGAGACAUCCACGUCCGAUCCAAAUGAUCACAUACCUUCGGAAAAACAAGCAAGGAUAGAAAAAAAGAAUACUGAGGAUAUUAUGUCCUUGAUUUCGAUGCCGACCAUCAGAGAAAAGGAGAGUAAAAAAGUCGGCGAACAAAUCUUAGAUUUAUUGUCAAAGCAGACUUCCAAGGAGAAAUCGCUGGCUGAACGAUUUCGCUCUCAGGGAGGCGCUCAAGUUAUGGAGUUCUGUCCACAUGGUACAAGAGUUGACUGUGUAAAAUUGAACGGCGGCCCAGGAUUUGCAGAAAAAUGUAAAAAGCUGCAUUUUAAGAAGAUCAUACAGAGUCACACAGAUGAAUCUUUGGGCGAUUGUAGCUUUUUAAAUACCUGCUUUCACAUGGACACAUGCAAAUAUGUACACUAUGAGGUGGAUGGUCCCACAGCUCAACCAAAGGAAACCAAUGAUUCCGAUAGUCUAAACAAUAGCAUGCCCAACAAGACGCUGAACUUGGAUAAUAAGAAUGGUGGUGGUACCAGUAGCAAUGUAGGCAGCGAAUUGACUCUGUAUCCACCACAAUGGAUUCAAUGUGACUUACGUUAUCUCGAUAUGACAGUUCUUGGCAAAUUUGCUGUAAUCAUGGCUGAUCCACCAUGGGAUAUUCAUAUGGAAUUACCUUAUGGCACUAUGUCAGAUGACGAGAUGAGACAAUUGGGAAUUCCAGCCCUUCAGGAUGAAGGACUUCUGUUCUUGUGGGUAACUGGCAGAGCCAUGGAAUUAGGAAGAGAAUGUUUACAGUUGUGGGGCUAUGAGAGGGUUGAUGAGAUUAUUUGGGUGAAGACCAAUCAACUACAAAGAAUAAUACGGACUGGUAGAACGGGACAUUGGCUAAAUCAUGGCAAAGAACAUUGUUUAGUUGGCAUGAAGGGCAAUCCUCGUAUCAAUCGAGGACUGGACAGUGACGUGAUCGUCGCCGAGGUACGUGCAACUAGUCAUAAGCCUGACGAAAUUUAUGGCAUCAUCGAGCGCAUGAGCCCGGGCACAAGAAAAAUCGAAUUGUUCGGUAGGCCGCAUAAUGUGCAGCCCAAUUGGAUCACUUUAGGUAAUCAAGUUGAUGGUGUUCAUUUAAUUGAUCCACAACUCAUCAAAGCCUUCAAGAAACGUUAUCCCGAUGGAAAUUCAAUGAAACCUGCUAAACCAUAAAUUUGCCCUCUUUCAAUAUAUAUUUGAUAUGAAAUU